CGCGAGAGAAGGCGAAAAGUAAGAACAGCCUCUUCCGCAGACUUCGGCGUGGAUCAGGGCUCACGGUAAGCAAGGCACAAUAUGGUUCAAAAGUAGGAUGCUUCGCCUCUUUUGCGACAGGCUGUGUCUCUUUUUCUUUGAAAUCCCACGUACGCGCAGCCUGCUCCUCGGUGCUCGUUUCUGACAUCAGUCAAGUACUCUCCUUUUUUGCCUUGGUU